AUGACACAAUAUUUAAGUUCUGAGAAAUAUGGUUGUAUGAUAGAUCCUAGAAAACCAAUAGAUUCUAGUUUUAAUGCAUGUAGAAUGAAUAAAACUAAUUUUUAUUAUGCAGUUAAAUUAUUAACAAGUGAAUAUUAUUUGGAUGAUGAAGAUUCAUUUUUUAUACAAAGAGCAUAUAAAAAUUAUAAUUCACCUGAAUAUAGAGAUAAAACGGCAAGACUUAUUUCUGAUUUUACUUUUGAUUGUGAUAUUGUUCAAUACGCAAAAUAUAUUUCUAGUUUUGUUAAAGGAAAUAAAUAUUUCUUUGAAUAUCAAUUAAGAUCAUCAUCAAAUCCAUGGCCAAAAUGGAUGGGUGCAAUGCAUGGAUAUGAAAUGGAAUAUUUCUUUGGAAUGCCAUUUAGACAUUUUAGAAGAUAUAGAUCAGAUACAUUUUCAUAUGAAAGAAGUAUUUCUGAAAAAUUAAUUAAUAUGAUAAAUAAUUUCAUGUUAACAGGAAAACCAUAUCCAAAAUGGGAUCAAUUUAAUGAAAAAAAAAUGAAUGCUUUAAUUAUUGAUAAGAAAUUCUGUUCUAGAAAUACAAUAAAUUAUUAUGAUGUAUUUAGUGAUACAUGCAAGGUUCAUGACAAAAUAUUGAAAAAAUAUCCAUUAUGGGGUAGAAAAUUUAAUAAUUUUAGGAUGAAAAACCAUGUGUAA